UAAUAAUGAAAAAAAUAUUCAUUUUGAUUUUUAUGAUUCUUAUUAUUUUACUUCAAUUUAUACAUGAAGUAAAUACUCAAGCUCCAGCAGAUGUACCAGGUCCUCCACCAGAAGGAGCUGUACCAUCACCGGCAAAGGCACCACCAGGAGGAGUUACUCCAGCAGGAACAGCUAGCCCACCACCAUCAGCAGCAUCAGCAGCAUCAGCAUCAUCUUCAGCAUCAGUGUCAGCAUCAUCUUCAGCAUCAGCGCCAGUGUCAGCAACUUCUGUAGAUUCUUCAAUUCCUUCAAAUAUAAUAGCUGCUUCAAUUAUUGGAGGGAUAGUUAGUGGUUUAAUUUUAAUCUUCCUAGUUGGGUUAUGCUACUUUUUAGUGAGAAUGUAUAAAAAUAAAAAAGAAAGUUCUAAAGCAAUUGCGACUCCUGGGAAUGAAAAUAAUAAUAAUAUUUCAAAUCCUGGAAUCAUGAAUGAUGAUUUAUAUCAUAACAAGAUGUUACCUAUUCCCAUAGAAUUAGUAAUUCCAAAUCAAGGACAAGAACUUGCACCAAAUUAUAACAAUCAACAAGGAGCAACACGCGAAUUAGGAAACAACUCAGUAGAUAAUGAAACUAUUCAAAAUAUUAGACAAGAAAUGGUUCAUAAUUUAAGUCAAGAUCCAGCAAGAAAUUUAUCAUCAUUUAAUAUCGAUGAAGAUAUUAUAAAUCAAAUGAAACAAGACAUUCUACUAGAUAUUAAACAAGAAUUGAAGCAGAAUAUAAGGUCAAAAGUAAUGACAUCGUUUUAUAAAGAUAAUAUUGAUGAUAAUAGUAGUAGUAAUAGCAAUGUUAAUAAAUAA